UCAUCACGUCUGCAGCAAAUGCUCUUAGUGAGAAUUGGUCUUGCAGUAGAAAAGUGGAUAUUUUCCGAAGACUUAACUCUACUCUAUAUAUGUAGAAUGAAAAUCGUAAACACCAUGAUAAUUUGGUGAGAAUAUAUACCCUCAAAUCACUUUUCUCAAAGAGUAGGUAAUGCAAGACUAUAAGCUUAGUUAUCGAGUUUCAUAGCUAGAUACUGCACAUCAUCAUUUCUUUGCUCAGAAUGUUGGGAUGAGGCUUUCGGCAACCGCGUUUCUGCAGCAUCAAGAAGAUGGCCCCGUCGCUUGGCAGUUUUGGCAGUUUCUUUGCCAUGUAGGUUCUUUUGUAGGUUCUUUGCGAUUCAUUGAUCCGAGCAUGUUUGAUCACCAUAUCUUACAAACAAACUUAACUCUUCAGUAUGACUAUAAACUCAUGACCCCUUUAUACUUAUCAUCAAAAUAAUGACGGACGAUAACACCCCAUCCUCUUCGAGCGCGCCAAAACAAAUUGGCAAGAUUGGACGGUACCAAGGACCCUCUGGCUGGCUAUCACUCAGUACAGAAAGCACAAGCCCUAUGGCAACACAUGGGCAAGGCACCUUGACUAAACUUAUCAAGAAUCAAUCAAACGGAUCAUUGGUAACCAUGCGGCGGCAGUCUGGUUCAAUAUUGGGUCGAGACUCGUUGGAUGAUGAAGAGCGCCCGCGCAGUGUAUUCGACGACCGCGAUGAUUUCAGCGAAAGACGUUUGAGUGCUGUGCUCAAUGGACCACAGAUGCGCAGUCAACGCCUCAUUGGCAAUAGCAAUCCUCGAUAUAAAUGGGAGAGAUAUUGGAAAACUGAGGAAGAACUCAAAAGCAUGAAGAAGCCGAUACGCCAGUACUACGAACGAACCAAUUCUCUCAUUCAACAAUAUAUUUACAUUGAUCGGUUACUCGAUUCUUCAAUCCCUCAUGAUCUCCUCAAUGAAUACGAACACAAUGCAUGCAGUGGACGAUUUGAAGUGCCCACGACGAUAUCAGAAGAACCGCGCACUCCCCCAGAAUCAGAAACUCCCACCAGUAAUGGCAAUGGCACUGGAUCUGUCCCGAAGAGAAUCAAGCGGACACCCCGAGAGAUCUAUAAGGUCACGGAGGAGACGCCUCUUCUUCUCUCAGAGGAAGAUAGCGAAUACGAUGGACCAAAGCCCGAAAUUCCCGGUAUGGAGGACGACAGUGUGGAGAGUGGUGAUAGGAUUGUACAAAUUGCGAUUUAUAUCAAUCUAGUAGCCAAUACAGUUCUUCUAGCUGGUAAAAUUGCUGUCAUUGUGUUGACAAGCUCUCUUUCGGUCCUUGCUAGUCUUGUUGAUGCAGCAUUGGAUUUCCUCAGCACAGCCAUCGUUUUUACAACUACCAAAAUGAUCGAACGUCAAGAUCAAUAUUCGUAUCCUGUUGGCCGUCGGCGCCUCGAGCCAAUUGGUGUCCUUGUCUUCAGUGUUAUCAUGGUUACAUCUUUCAUUCAAGUGGCAUUAGAGUGUUUCAAUCGACUCUCUUCAGACGAUCGUGUCAUUAUCGAGCUUACUUUGCCAGCCAUUGUUAUCAUGUCUUCAACAGUCUUCAUCAAGGCACUUUGUUGGCUAUGGUGUCGACUUAUCAAGAACUCCAGUGUCCAAGCACUUGCCCAAGAUGCCAUGACCGACGUUAUCUUUAACAUUUUCAGUAUCAUUUUUCCUCUCGUCGGCUUCUACGCUAAACUAUGGUGGCUUGACGCUCUCGGAGGUCUUCUCCUUUCUCUGUUCGUCAUCAUAAACUGGGCCGGUACAUCCGCCGGCCACAUACGUAAUCUCACUGGUGCUGCUGCCACCGCCGACGAACGCAACGUUCUUCUCUACCUCACCAUGCGUUUCGCACGCACCAUCAAGCAAAUCCAAGGUCUGCAAGCAUAUCACGCCGGCGAUAAACUAAACGUCGAAGUCGAUAUCGUGCUGGAUGAAAGUAUGAGUCUCCGUGAUAGUCACGAUUUGGGUGAAUCGCUACAGUAUGUAUUGGAAUCGGUACCCACGGUUGAUAGAGCAUUUGUUCAUCAAGAUUACGCGGGCUGGAAUCUACCAACGCAUAUGCAGCAGCAGGGUGAAUGAAUGAAUGAAUGAAUGAAUGAAUGAGUAAAGCAUAAUU